AAGCCGUCAAACGCUUAACCACUACGUUGGCUAUAGGCUACAGUGUAGCGAACAGAGAAGGCCGUUUUGUUAAACUUAAACUUUUGUUUACAUUUUUUGCCAGUGUCGCUUACAAUUCCGAAUAACCUAUCCACUCUUUGUCUGGCAAGUUCGUAACGCUCCCAGGGGAAAGGGGCGUUUCAGCGCACAGUGUUUGAGUCCCCGGUGUUUAGUGAAACCUCGUCCAGACCAAAGCAUUCAGUCACGGUCAACACUUGAGACAUGGACCGGCCCUUGUCUCUGCAGCACUACAAAGCUGGCAUGUUGCUCAGUGGAGCGGGGGACGCCCUGGGAUACCGCAACCAGCUCUGGGAGUACAAUGAGUCUGGCCCAGAAAUCCACAAAGAGCUACAGGAGCUGGGCGGGCUGAAGAACAUCACUGCGGAGCUACCUGAUUGGCCGGUCAGCGAUGACACCGUCCUUCACCUAGCAACGGCAGAAGGGCUGGCAACUGGAAAGGAAGGUGAGGAGCUGUACCACGAGGUGGCCGCACGCUAUGUUGAGGGCAUGAAAGACAUGGAGGGGAGGAAACCCGGACCCUCAAGCAUUCUGGGUGUGUCACAGCUGAAGCCGGGUUCUGAGGGGGGCUACAGAGUGGCCUACAACCCCGACGGCACCGGCUGUGGAGCGGCCAUGAGGUCCAUGUGCAUUGGACUCCGAUACCCUCGUCCCGAACAGCUGUCCUCACUGGUCGCCGUUGCUGUGGAGACCGGCCGCAUGACCCACCCGCACCCGACCGGGUUCCUGGGGGCGGUGGCCUCGGCUCUCUUCACCGCCUACGCCGUCCAGCGCCGGCCAAUGGCGAGCUGGGGGGUGGGGCUUGUGAAGGAGGCCUGUCCGGUGGCUCUGGAGUUUGUGAAGUCGCGGGGGUGUGCUGUGGAGGAGUGCGUGAGGGACUGGGGAUACUUCAGCGAGAAGUGGCAGUGGUACCUGGACCUAAGAGGACUGGCAUCCGGCACCGGGCCAGCGAUCUGGCCUGACCAAUAUGGGCCAGCUGAGAGAGACGAGGCCUAUAAGAGCUUCAGCCUGUCCGGGUGGGCGGGGCGCAGUGGCCACGAUGCACCAAUGAUAGCUCUCGAUGCCCUGUUGGGGGCGGGCUCUGAUUGGGAGGAGCUUAUGAGCAGAGCAGGUUUCCAUGGAGGAGACAGCGACAGCACGGCCGUGAUCGCCUGCUGCUGCUGGGGGCUUCUCUACGGACUGGAGGGAGUUCCCCAGGGGAACCACAAGAACCUGGAGUACCGGGAUCGUCUGGAGAACAGUGCCGAGGAACUCUACAGGCUCUCCCAUUGACGCCCACAGGCUGUUAUUGACAACUACAACACAUACCGUUAAACCCACAAUUAGUCGUACCCAUGCAAACUUUUGAUUCAGUAUGACUUACUAAUUACCCAGGAAAACAGAAAUUGUGUUUUAUUUUUCAUGUAUAUUUCUAGUACAAUACAUCAUAUUUGGUCUCGUGCUUAUGGCUUUUCCAGGUCUAAUAUUAGUCAAAUUGAAAUGCACAAAAUGUUUGGGCUUACAGUAUACAACUUUACCAGCCCUCUAGGCAGCAGGAACAGUUGCCCCCCCACACACACAUGGAAUGCCUUGAGUCAAACCCUUAACUGCCUCAACACUCACCCUCACAGUCUUACUGCAGUUUCAACAUCUUACAAAACAAGCCAUUCAUUCGUCACCCGGUUCAACUUGGAUGAGUUGCACAGGGUGACCCCAUCGUGACCUUUACACUCACUACCACUCAGAACUCCUCUGCCCGCUCUGCUGAGUAGAGAGAGAUAGAUAAAAACUUUAGUGCAGUUCUCGGUACUGAUCCACAGAAAACCACAGAAUCAAAGCCAAUCCCACCUGACUUAAGUCACCUCUACAUACUACUAAGGUUGAACCUUGAAUUUCCCCUGGGGAUCAAUAAAGUAUCUAUCUAUCUAUCUAUCUACAGUCUUCUGCUUAUAAAGUCUCAGUAGGCCACGGCUGAAUCCCAAUCUCUCCCCUCACUGACCCACAGACUUUGAUGCGUCUUCUUGCACGCUUAGUGAGGGCUUAGGGCUGUCCCACUGUGAAAUUGUGAAGUGCUUGAGGGCUCGCUCACACCCUUUCUGUUCCCUUUCCGUAAGUCGCUAUACCGACUUUAGGCCUACUGAAGGGAAUUACCAACAAUUCAUAGCGUUGUGACCAGUGUUGGGGAAAUGUACCGGCGUUACGUAUUCAGAAUACAAAUUUUGAGUAACUGUAUUCUGUUACAGUUACAAUUUAAAUAGUUGGUAUUUAGAUAGAUAGAUACUUUAUUGAUCCCCAAGGGGACAUUCAAGAAUACAGUUCCAUUGUUGAUAUCACACAUUGUUUAUUCACUCUUUAAAUGGGGAAGCUUAAAAAAAACAAAACAUCAGUAAACAACUAAUAACACGUUUUUGGUGUUGUCAAUUUAAUGAUGGGUCACAGGUGCUGUCCCAAACCUGUUAUUAGCAUGUUGAACCCUUACAGCCCCGCAAACUGGAUCACUUCUAAACGGAUGUCAGUUAAGUCUUUGAGAGUUCAGGCCUUAGAGAGGAGAUUAGGAAUCAGCCCAGGUGGCUACAACCACUUCCUAAAAGGCUGCACUGCACAUACAUAUUUCCCUUGUCUACACCAAAGUCCUUUGAGGAAAGUCCUACUGCGGCCAUCUUGGUAACACUUUGGGCAGUAAUUGGGCCGCUAUUCUCCUACUCAAGUGAAUGUGGAGGCAUACAGGAAGGGGCGGGAUAUAUGCGUAGACUAUAUUGGCGUUACAAACUACCCCGUGCAUUUCUAUGGAGGACUCCGAGUGCCGUCUCCUCAUUAGAAAGUCUCUGUCUACGCUGAGCUCCAGAAGUGUGCAGGUCUAUGCAUCUCAUUUCCUUGCAUCGCAAAGCAAAACAAAUCACCAAGACACCCUUCGUUAGCCUCGCAUCAUAUACAUAAUAUGCGCAUCACAGAUUACAGCUAAUGACAAAAAAAGAUUGCCAGUGAUUCGACUUACUGAUUGCAAACAGACGUGAGGGGAAGCCUUUGAUGAACCGUGUUAAUGAGGGGAGAGUUGACACUAACAAGCCUCUUAGUCAGAUGCCGGUAGAGGUGCUCAGACACGCAGCACUCACACACCCCCGUUCAGUGUUGCCAUGGUGUUUUCUCAGUUUGCCAAAAGGCCGUGAUUCAGCCGAUGUAGACGCAUGGAGCCUGUGAACUAUAGCCAUUAAAUAUGGCAUUUGUUUGGUGAGUCAGAGUUUCUUAUCUAAAUUUAGUGAGUAAUAUUGCUACAAGAAAAUAUUUUUUUCCUGGGCUGCUGACUAAAAAUGAUUACUAAAUGUGAAUGACAUACACAAUCAUUAAAAAUAACUAAACAUGAAUAAGAAAAUCACUUGCCUUAUUUUGUACAUGUAGA